AGAGUGUCCAACGUGUCGCGUGAAGCGCGGAGGCGAACACAUCUCGUCGACGAACUCGAACGUGCGGAUGAAUUAAAGUGGCCGCGAUUUGCCGAACGACGAAGGCCUCGCAUCAGGAAUACGCAUCAGGAUUUCCGAUCCGGUCGCACGAAAACACGAUAAAACAGAAAAAUGAAUACGUUGUGGUCGCUAAUACUUUCCGUAUUUCUCGGAAUUGUGUGCACUGUUAUGGCAUUGAGAGAAGGUGACUGCGAAGUAUGCGUCGCUGUUGUGGACAAAUUUAGUCAAACACUAACACCAGACAUUAAAAGUGACACCAAAAAGAUUGAAGCAAAAUUUCGAGAAUUCUGUAAAGGCACUAAAUCAAAAGAAAAUAGAUUUUGCUAUUAUUUAGGAGGGUUAGAAGAAUCUGCCACUGGUAUCUUGGGCGAGCUCAGUAAACCGCUGUCAUGGUCUAUGCCUGCAGACAAGAUAUGUGAGAAGUUAAAGAAGCGAGAUGCUCAAAUAUGCGAUUUGAGAUUUGAAAAACAAAUCGAUCUCAAUACAGUGAAUUUAAAGAAGCUGAAAGUGCGUGACUUGAAGAAGAUCUUAAACGAUUGGGAAGAGACGUGUGACGGAUGCAUAGAGAAGACAGACUUUAUCAAACGAAUUGAGGAGCUCAAACCCAAGUACUUCAGCGGCAGCUCGAAAACAGAGCUCUGAAGAAUUGUCUUCGAUUUAGACAAGCAUUUAUGUUUAGGGUGGCUAAAGUUUCUGUUUCUUCAAUCUACAGAGGAAUUGUUUACAGCAUUUAGGAUAUGUAUUUAUCCGUGUCUAUAUACGAUUAGCUUCGUUCUGAAAAAAAAGUUGGUCUUUAUCGACAAUUAAGUCUCUUGAACUAAGAUAUUUAGUUUCCAUUGAAUCGAGUAGAGAUUAUCAUAAAGCGGAGAUUAGCAUGUGACAAACGAUAAUGGGCAAGUGAAAAUUUUGUUACUUAACUGUUUUUACAUGGAUAAUUUCAAGGAAGUGUACAUUAGAGUAAUCUGAUUUUUUUUCUUGAGGUAGCCAUGCUAACAAUGGAUCUAUUUUAUCAAAGGUGCUCCAUUUUUAUGACAUCAAUGUUAGGUGUAAAUUAAUAUACAGCGUUUGUAUGCGAGAAAUUAUUUUCACACGGUAUUUAUCUUCAUUGCUCUUCCUCAGGUAGUAUAGUAAUACUUUGUACCAAAACAUUGUAUGGUGUUGAGCGACAUGUGUACUUUAUUCACAUCGUUGUAUGCAACUGAAAUUAUAUUUCUUUUUCGUUGUCCAUUAUACACGAAACAAAAUGUACAAUGUAAACUUACAGAGUAUCUCUAACGGCCAGUAUCGGUGAACUGUAUUAUUUGAACACAUGAGGCUUAACAAUGCCAAUUUUUGAGAUAAGAAUUAUUUGUAUCGAUAUACAUCAACUUUUACAGUAAAAAGAAACAGAAAAAAAGAGAUUGUAAAAGUGUACUCGAAGUACAAUAUCCUUAAAAAAUUAAAGUUUACGAUAAACCGCGCAUAAACCAUUGUAGAUAAGGUAUCGUCGCGCAUAUCCGAAUGUACUACUCCGGAAAUUUCAAACUGAAUUAUUUAUUUCGUAAUAAGACUGCGUAAUUACGUUUUUCUAUAUUACAUUCGUGAGUCUUGAUACAAGAGGUCAAAAAGAAAUAAAAGAAAAACGUGUGUUGU